AGACGGCCCACGAGGCGUCCAGGAGGGCCCCACCACACCCCACGUGGGCGCCGAGACGGCGCAGGAGGCGCCCAAGAUGGCCAUAAGAGGCCCCAUUCCGUGCCUAUUAUUGCUCAAGCCGAAGGGGCGGACUGGGGCAGUAACGGGUUCGGGAGGCGCUUCGGUAACAUCCCGAUCCCACCAAUAAGCCCCGCGGGCCGCCCGCAGACUUUCCCGCCCCGGCGGAGGUGCAGUUGGCCCGCCGCGCCGUAGGUGAGCGGCCAUGGCAGAGGUGCAGGGCAUACGGGCCAGCCUGCAGGCACUUCAGGCGAGGGUGGGCUCGUACUUCGAUGGCGCGGACAACGUUCAGCAGGAGAACGGGGACCCGCUCCUGGACGUGGUGCAGCAGUACCCCGAGGAGGCGGCCUGGUUCAUCAAGGUGGUGAUGUUCUUCGGGAGCGUCUCUGGCGUCCUCAUCUCGAUUCCUUGCAGCGUCUUCCUCUUCAUGUAUUGGACGCCCUGCGAGCAGUGCAACAGGCCGCUGCGGAUAUGGGUGCUGGUCCACUGCGUGUUGCAGAUGAUGCAGGCACCCGUACGACUGGUGUUCUUCAUGCGCCUCCGCCAGAUCCAGCAACGCAACGGAGACAUCCAGGAGUGCGUCCGACAGCUCACCCAGUCUUCAGCCUGGAGGAUGAGCAAGGCCGUCUCCAUCGUCACCUAUGGAUGGUUCAUUCUGGGUGUGGUCUGGCUCCUCAAUUCCACGACGUGCAAGCCGUGCCCCGGCCUGUACAGGCUGACAUUGGCGGUUAUUUCCACCGCCGUUGCGAGGCUGGCCAUGACGCUGAUAAUCUUCUACCACUCGUUCCCGGCGCAGCAGGGAGAGCGGCCCUUCCCCAAGCCCCGAGGAGCCACGCAGGACGUUAUCGACACCAUGCCGACCGUAAAGUACUGCUCCCGCAGCCACGGGUGUUCGGAGACGAACUGCGCAGUGUGCCUGGGCGACUUCGAGGAGGCCGACGAGAUGCGCCAGCUGCCCUGCAGGCACCACUUUCACAGGCUUUGCAUCGACAAGUGGCUGAAGCGCAACAAGGUGUGCCCCCUGUGCCUCCAGGACAUCCAGGCCACGCCGGGCGCCUCCGCCAAGAAGAAGAACUAGGCGGCGGCUCGGGCCGGCAGGGCGCGCCGCCGAGCCCGUGGGCGAGCGAGCCGAGCACGAAGCGCUCGCCCAUCGGUGUGGAGGCGGAUCGAGUCGUGCGAUGCAGGCUGGCUGACGUCCUUCGUUCUUGAUGUGCGGCUGUCGAGCUGUGUCCGGGGUCACAGAAGUGCAGGCCAAGUUUGGCUGCAGGCGGGGGCUUUUUUGGCGCUGGUGCGCCAUCGCCGGCCCGCUCUCUUUUCCUGCCACGCCUCGCGCAGGACGUUGCUGCCGCACGUGUGCGCGAGUCGCAUGGCUGGCGAGCCUCUUCGGCUUCGUGUUCCGUCCGGCUCGCCUCUGCCUCAACCGCAAGGCUCGCUCGGUCGCGAUGACUCCGCCAAGAGCGCUGGGCCCUGUUACUGGCGUGCUGUGCGCCGCAUCGGCGGGCACGGGACCCGCCACGGUUCCACCCUUCCUUCCUUCGGGUGCGUCGCACCUGACCUCAUCUGGCGGCCGCGCUCCUGGAACAGAGAAGCAAACACAUGGAUGGCUCAGGAGGCCCC